AUGCCGUUUGGGUUAACUAACGCACCGGCGGCGUUUAUGCGGUUGAUGAAUGAGGUGUUUCACGAUUACUUGGAUAGUUUCGUGAUCAUCUUCAUUGAUGAUAUUCUGAUCUACUCUCGGACUAAAGAGGAGCAUGAGGAGCACCUAAAGAAGGUCUUGGAGAGGUUGAGAGAUCAGAAGUUGUAUGCGAAGUUUAGUAAGUGCCGCUUUUGGAGACGAGAGAUAGGUUUCCUAGGGCACAGGGUCUCUGAACAAGGUGUAUCAGCAGAUCCGGAGAAGAUAGAGGUAAUCCGAGAUUGGCCUCGACCUACCAAUGUGACGGAGGUGCGGAGCUUUCUUGGGUUAGCCGGCUAUUAUCGGAAGUUUGUGAGUGGAUUUUCGUCCAUAGCAAAACCGAUGACAAAGCUUACUGGGAAAGGAGUUCCCUUUGUGUGGAGUGACGACGUGGAAAAAGCUUUUGUGAAGCUUAAGGAGGCAUUGACUACGGCACCGGUAUUAACAUUACCAGAGCCGGUGUUGGCCUAUGCAUCUAGACAACUGAGAAAGCAUGAGGAGAACUAUCCAACUCAUGAUUUGGAGAUGGCGGCUGUGGUGUUUGCGUUAAGGAUAUGGAGAUCAUAUCUUUAUGGAGAGAGCGUGCAAGUGUUUACAGACCAUCAAAGUCUUAAAUACUUGUUCACUCAAGGAGAUUUGAAUCUACGGCAAAGAAGGUGGAUGGAGUUCAUAGCGGACUACGAUUUAAAGAUCCAAUACCAUCCUGGGAAAGCCAAUGUGGUGGCGGAUGCUUUAAGUCGAAGAAAGCUGGAGGUGUGUAGAGAGAAAGAGUUGGAAGCUCUUAAUAAUGAGUUUCAGAUAAUAAGGCUUUCAGCCUUGGAAGGAGAGUCGAGUGAACCUUUGGGGUUUCAAGCUGUGAAUCAAUCAAGUUUGAUCCAAAGGAUUCGUGAAGCACAACUUAGGGAUGACAAGAUCCGUAAGAUUGUGGAGAAGAUUGAGGAUUCAGACGAGGAGAACACGACUGAGUAUCAAUUGGCGGAAGACGGGACAUUACUUGUCCAUGGAAGGAUCUCAGUUCCUGAAGGAGAUGGGCUACGAGAUGAGAUAUUAAGGAUUGCACAUCAAUCAGUUCUUAGUAUUCAUCCCGGGAGCACAAAAAUGUACAAGGAUGUACGAAGGUACUAUCAUUGGCCGGGUAUGAAGAGAGCGGUAGCGAAAUGGAUAUCGCACUGCCAAGCGUGUCAACAAGUCAAGGCGGAACAUCUUGUACCAGCAGGACUACUUCAGAGUCUGCCUGUACCAGAAUGGAAAUGGGAUUCCGUGGCGAUGGAUCUAAUCACCGGAUUGCCAGUCGCAAGAGGGCGGAUGAACAAUUCCAUAUGGGUCAUUGUGGAUCGACUGACGAAGGUGCCGGCCGACAUAGUGUCUGAGCGCGACCCAAGGUUUACGGCCAAGUUUUGGAGGGCGUUAGGGACCGUACUAAACCUUAGUACAGCCUUUCACCCGGAGACGGAUGGACAAACGGAGCGGACCAUCCGAACGAUAGAAGAUAUGCUGAGGUUAUGCAUAUUGGAUUGGGCUGGAGUUUGGGAAGACUAUCUACCAUUGAUAGAGUUUUCCUACAACAACAGUUACCACACAAGCAUCGGCAUGUCUCCAUAUGAAGCACUAUAUGGGAGACCAUGCCGAACGCCCUUGUGCUGGACGGAGGUUGGAGAGCGGAGAGUUUUUGGGCCACAUAUAAUCGAUGAGACUAUGGAGAAACUCAAAGUUAUUCGAACUAACAUGAGGAAGGCUCAGGAUCGGCAGAAGAAGUAUGCUGAUUAA